CACUCUGUUUGAGUAAUGCUAACAAACUAUCAUUAAUCCAUGAGCAAAGCUCCCGGCAUGCCAUCUUCAUCUUCAUCUUCACCCUUGACUUCACAACCUCCACUCUCCACAGCCUCACCGCCCGCCAUGCCCCUCCCACUUCGCACAAUACCCGGAUCUUACGGUUGGCCUUUGCUUGGCCCCAUCUUUGACCGCCUUGACUACUUCUGGUUCCGGGGUCCGGCUAACUUCUUCAAGAAACGUAUGGAGAAGCACAAAAGCACGGUGUUCCGAACAAACUUGCCCCCGACGUGGCCACUCUUUUUGGGUAUUAACCCAAAUGUUAUUGCUGUUCUUGACUGUAAGUCAUUUUUACAUCUUUUUGAUAUGGAGAUUGUGGACAAGAAGAAUGUUCUCGCUGGUGAUUACAUGCCUAGUGUCAAAUUUACUGGAAAUUUAAGAACUUGUAUUUAUCUUGAUACUUCUGAGCCACAACACGCUAAGAUCAAGAACUUCGUCAUUGACAUUCUGAAACGCAGUUCAACAGUGUGGCUUACAGAGCUCAAGGCAAACCUCGACAUAUUGUUUGACACCAUUGAAACAAGUAUCUCCGCAAAGGGUUCUGCGAGGCUUUCAUUCCCUUUACAAAAAUGUUUGUUCAACUUCCUCACAACGGCCAUCGUCGGAGCUGACCCCACAACCGACCCGACCAUCGCCGACUCCGGCUACGCCAUGCUCGACCGCUGGCUCGCCCUCCAGAUCCUCCCUACCAUCAAAAUCGGAAUCUUACAGCCCUUUGAAGAGAUUUUUCUCCACUCUUUUGCUUACCCUUUUGCCCUCGUACGUGGAGACUACAGUAAGCUUUAUAACUUCGUUGAAAAACACGGCAACGAGGUGGUGCAACGAGGUGUCAACGAGUUUGGACUCACUAAAGAAGAAGCUAUCCAUAAUUUGUUGUUCACGCUAGGCUUUAAUGCCUUUGGUGGGUUCUCUGCUUUUUUACCUACUUUAAUCGGCACCAUUACUAGUGAUAAAACUGGAAUACAAGAGAAACUAAGAAAAGAAGUUAAAGAAAAGAUUGGAUCAUCAAGUUUGAAUUUUGAGUCAGUGAAAGAUUUGGAACUUGUUCAGUCUUUUGUUCAUGAAACUUUGAGACUCAACCCUCCUGUUCCUCUUCAAUACGGCAGGGCAAGGAAGGAUUUUCAACUGAGUUCGCAUGACUCGGUCUAUGAUAUAAAGAAAGGUGAGUUGCUUUGUGGGUACCAGCCUCAGGUAAUGAAAGACUCAAAGGUGUUUGAAGAUCCGGAGAGUUUUAAAGCGGAGAGGUUUAUGGGUGAAAAAGGAAGAGAGUUGCUGAAUUACUUGUACUGGUCAAACGGGCCACAGACUGGGUCAACCACCGAGUCGAACAAACAGUGUCCAGGUAAAGAUAUAGUUCCUCUGACGUCGUUUUUGUUCGUUGCUUAUAUAUUUCAAAGAUAUGAAUCGAUCAGUGGGAGCUCUUCUUCAAUCACAGCCGUUGAAAAGGCGAAAUGAGCAGGGAAGCAAUGGUGAUUUUGUUAAUUGCAGUGGUGAGAUACUGAAGUGGAAGAAUAAAAAGUGAAGGAUGAGAUUAAGAGGGUGGCUUGUUCAGGAAAUAUUUUAUUAUUAAAAUUGAAACGUUUGUUUAAAAAUAAAUUAUUUAAAAAGUUGUUGUAUAUAAAUAAUUAUUAUAUUUAAUAGAUAUAAAUAAUUAUUAUAUUUAA